CACGCCUGAAAGGCUGUGAUAGGUACACUACACGAGGAAGGACGGAGAUGGAUGAAGAGGAGCACGAGGUUUACGGUGGAGAGAUCCCGGUCGAAGAGGGUGAUGUUGACAUGACUGCCGCCGAUGACGACGCCAUCAAGGAGCUGGACGAGAUGAAGAAGCGACUGAAGGAGAUGGAGGAGGAAGCAGCUGCUCUUCGCGAGAUGCAGGCCAAGGUAGAAAAGGAAAUGGGCGCUGUUCAAGAUCCUGCCGGUGCGGUUGUAAGUCAAGAAAGCAAGGAGGAGACAGAUUCGCGAUCCGUGUUUGUUGGCAACGUUGAUUAUGCAUGUACACCUGAAGAAGUGCAGCAGCAUUUCCAAUCUUGUGGUACUGUCAACAGGGUUACCAUUCUUACAGAUAAAUUUGGUCAACCCAAGGGCUUCGCUUAUGUGGAGUUCCUUGAAGCCGAGGCUGUUCAGGAGGCCCUCCUUUUAAACGAGUCAGAGUUGCAUGGAAGACAAUUGAAGGUUCAACAAAAGCGGACUAAUAUUCCUGGGAUGAAGCAGUAUUUUCCUCAGCGUUACAAUCCUUACAUGGGUUAUCGAUCCAGGAGGCCUUAUGUACCCCCGUAUUUCUACUCACCAUAUGGAUAUGGGAAGACUCCCCGUUACCGAAGGCCCAUGCGAUACAUGCCAUACUACUAAGGAGGGCUUUGCCCAUAACUAGACUGCCAUAUGAAUCUAUAUUUAUGACUUCACUUCAAGAGCCUAUAGAACUAUGGACUUGAUUAUCUUUAGCCAUUCGAUGUCGAACUAUAUCAAUGAUCUAAUGUAUGAUAUACGGUAAUAUCCAAACUUUUUGUAUGAUGAUUUGGCUAUGAUAUCCAAACUUUUUAGCAACUAA